AUGCGGAUGCUCCUGAAUUUACUGUUUUACUUCAGAUAUGGAAACAGCUACACGAUAUCGAUGGUGGCGCCCGGACUGGAAUUUCGCGAUGCGGUCAUUGACGCGGUGGCGAGGGCUUUUCCCAGGGCUGUUUUGAAGACUCCUAAAGGAAGCCUCACGCUCAGCUUGAAGUGGCAGAUUCCGAAAUCCGAAACGGAUCGAUGGUCGUCGCUCUUCCGUGACGUCCAAACAUUGGCCGCAUCACUGCGAGUUGUUGAUUUUUGUGUAACGCAGUCCUCUCUUGAAGAGACUUUCCUAAGGCUCUCACUGGAGAGCGAAGAAGACGACACCUCGAGCAGCUUGACCCGAUGA